AUGGCUUAUGGCAUAGAGCUGGGUGAAGGGAGUGAAAGAACUACCAAUGUAGAGCCUAUAUUUCAAGUCCAUGGUGAUGAGUAUGAAGCUACCAAUGCAGAAGUGAAAGCUUCACAAAAAUUGGUGAAGGCAAAGCGCCAAGAAAUAGAUUCAGUACAAUCUAUGAUCAACAAAGUGAAGAAUGCCAUUUCUAUUGAAGGUAUUGAUGCCCUGAUUCUAAGGAAAGAGUUGGAUUGCCUUAAAGACAAGGUUUCAAAAGCUGAAGCAGCUGCUGUACUAGGGGGGGGGGAGAAAUAUGAAGAUGAAAGUAAGAGGCUAAAGGAAUUGCAAGCUCAAUUUAGGGCUGCCGAUGACAUUCUUCAACAAGCAUACUCGCAUUUCUUGAGUUUGAGAGCAUAA